AUGACGCUCGCAGUGCCAAUCACAUUCACUGAGCGUGAACUUCCACACCCGGUUCCAUUCGUAAGGCUCUACCAUCCUAAUAGCCUGCCGACAUCGCCGCCGUUGGUCACAUUCCCCGCCUAUGACCGCAUCCCGGGAGACGUAGAGUUGUGGGGGGUGUAUUUCCCUGUGAUACUUGAAGCAGCCUCUAUCAUUGCGGAUAACAAACCUGGCUAUAUUUCUGCCACCCGCGGGUCCGAAGGCCGUGUACCGAACACAACUUACCUUGAACCUGGUUGUUAUUUUUUCAUUGUCGAUGGCAUGGUCGACCCGUACCCCGUCGUUCCCUCUUUCGAUGCAUGGCGCUUUCCAGGUGUCCCACCCCGAUGGGCCAACGCUAUCAGCUCGAACACACUGCCGCAAAUAGGCCCAGUAGCCUCCAUUCAGUAUGAACCAACCCAGAUGGGAAUUCAAGUACGAAUGCGAGACGGCGGUUGUCUUCUCACUGGGUUCCAAGGAGGUGAGUCGCCUUUGCCACUGAUCUGCAUUAUUUGUUCACUCCUAUCAUACGUAAAAAGCGGUUCAGAGUUGUCACAUCAUCCCCCAAGCGUAUGCUGAGUGGUAUAGAAACAACAAGAUGUGGGUGUACACCUGCCAUAACGACAUUCACGACUACAAACUCAAGAAGAAGAUUAUCAACGCUACCAGCAACGGACUAACCCUCCGCGCCGAUCUUCAUCAACUCUUUGAUCAACACUGUUUCAUAUUUGCGGUGAAGGAUGGUGAUGUGUUGGUACACUUUCUGUUCCCUGUGAACAACGCCGCCUAUGUCAAGGACGCUCCUCUCGCCGUUCCAGAAAAUGUCCCUGCCGAACUCAUGUAUUCACGGUUUGCCCUGUCGAUCCUCGAGCAGCUGGACUCUUCCGCUUUGGACGGCUUGCGUUUGGUGCCUCCCAUCCGAGUUGAAGACGGAAAUAUGGCUUCAGCUACGAAGAAACGUGGCAAGUCUAUUAGCCAGCCGCCCAGUGCAGAUACUGCACAAAUCCCUGAAUCAAUUGGUGCGUGGUGAACCUUCG